GCGCCAUCGAGGUGCCCGCAAUGACGGUCAACGAGUUGUUCUGAGGCAAGUACAUGAUACUAAGGAGUCUCCCAAUGGUCGGGCCAAACUGAGACUUUUACUCUAUUUUAUCUAAGGGGCAAGAGUCCCUUAGCUGCAUUGUUGACACGCUUCUGCUAAUUGUGGUUGUAAAUAUUAAAUUUUUUUUUUUUUUUUUGGUGCUUAAUAGUCAAAAAAAUUGCCAAUAAGUCUCCAUAAACCGAUCAAGGGUCUUCCAAAUCAUGACAACUGAGUUGCGAGACGAUCUGGAAGUUCUGGACCACGUGUCGAACGACCCGCCAUAUGACGCGCGCAAGGUGAAUCUAGCCGUGGUAGCGGUAAAAGCCAUGGGGUUAGGAAUCAUGUUUCUGACAUCAAUCACUCUUGCCCUACUUCAUCAUCAGGUUUCUGUCUGUUUAUUCAUUGCAGCAGUGGUGGUUUUCCAUCUAGCAGAGUUCUUCUGUACCAGUGUUUACAACACAUCAGCCACUGAUGAUGAUUCGUUCAUCCUCAAUGAUACCGAUCUUCUACUUGCUUACUUAGUUUCCAUUAUUGAGUACUGUGUCCGUCAUUGGCUUCAACUGGUUUUCCUCCCACAGACAGCCGCGAAUGUGAUACCCAUUCUUGCAUUUGUUGCCUCUCUUGUAGGAGGUGUGGUGGUGAUCUUGGGCCAGACAUUCCGUUCGUUGGCCAUGUGCACUGCCAAGGAGUCAUUCAACCACUACAUCCAAAGACAACACGAGGACAAACAUGUUCUUGUGACCCACGGUAUCUACGGUGUUCUGCGCCACCCGCUGUACUUUGGCUUUUUCUGGUGGUUUGUUGGUCUCCAGAUCUGGUUGGGCAACCCAAUAACCCUCGUGGCUGGAGGCUACAAGCUCUGGCUGUUUUUCCGUCAUCGGAUCGAAUUCGAAGAGGCGUUCUUGGUUCUGUUCUUUGGUAAGGAGUACGUCCAAUACAAAAAGAGAACCCCCGUUCUCAUCCCCUUGAUCGGGUAGAGGUGUAUACCUGUAACAUUUAAUUCAUUGAUAGAGUAAUACAGUUUAGUUGUUUUUUUGUUCAGUCUUGUUAGACAACUGUGUAGACAAACAACGUACUACCACACUACUACGCUCCC